CAACCUGUACUUCAUUCAUUCUUGCUGGUUCGCUAUGAUGAGAGAAGGAGUAUAAAGCUGCUCUUGCGGAGAUGGGUGCCACCUGUGCUGGCUGGAAGAUGCUGCUCUAUCUCCUUGUCGGAUUGGCGAGAGGUCUCGCAGCCUUAGUGCAGGCAUCGCCAUUCCCUACCUCUCUUCGGAGUGACAUUACGCUCUUGUUUCAGAAUGACCUCAACUGGACGGAAUUCUCCAACCAUCCCUCGGCGCUGCUUCUCUCUACACCGCUUAAUAGCACCUCCGCAUCCAUUGCCUGCUCUCAGCUAUCUGAGUCUCUCCUCUCCACGUCUUCUCCUUUCUUCACCUACGACAUGACACACCAGCUUGCCUACCAGUCCUUCCUCGGUCAUCACCCAUUCCUUCAGCGAUACUGGGUCUCGCCGUCCUCUUCGGGCGGUUGCCAGGCGGUGGGAGCAUUCGGGACAGUUGUUGCCGCGGGCUGUGGGGAGAAACUCCCGGUCCUGUGCACACAGAGUGCGCGGUGGACGAUCACGGGGGAGGGGACUGUGCCCGCCGAGUGGGAUAUGUUCCCUCCUGUGGAUCCUAAGUACGGAGUAGGGGUUCAAAGUGGGAACUUGAGCUUUCUCGGAACACGCGACCAGCUCUCCUUCCGUUUCCUCGGUAUUCCCUAUGCCAACGCGCCCUCCCGCUUCGAGUACUCUACCGUCUAUUCGGGUCCUUCGAGCAUAAAUGCGACUUCCUACCGCUCUCCUUGCACUCAAAUCGGAGGCAUGGGGCCGGGGAGUGAAGAUUGUCUCUUCCUUAACGUCUGGACGCCUCAUCUCUCCACUACGUCUUCUUCAUCCUCACUCAAACCAGUCCUGACGAACGGCUCGUUCGGCAUUGCAGACCAAGUUACAGCACUGCGUUGGGUGCAAGAGCACAUCGCUUCCUUCGGUGGUGACCCUAGGCGUGUGACUGUCAGUGGGCAGAGUGCGGGUGCUGCGAGCGUACGAGCGCUCUUGGGCAGCCCACCAGCCAUCGGGUUGUUUAAUGGCGCGAUACUGCAGAGCGAUCCCGUAGGAAGUGGCAUGAGUGCGCCAUGGACGUAUUAUCCGAUUAUUACGCAAGAAUACAACAGCACAACGCAAGGUAUUUUGGCGUUGACGGGAUGCAACGGUACAGACAAUGUGGCACAGCAACUGAGCUGUUUGAAAGCGUAUGACCCGCUGCAGCUGGUAAAUAUCAGCGUUGUUGCAAAUGCACCCGUUGUUGACGGCACGUAUGUGACAACUACUGAACUGCCGCUAACGGGUACUGGCCCACUCGCCCGCGUUAAUGUUAUGAUCGGCAACAUGAGAGACGAUGGUGCAGCGAUUAUCUCAUAUCCGACCCAAGGUGAAAGUUUGCUUAAUGCAGCUGUGGCAGCCACGGGUGGUCUGUUCCCCCUCCCUUCCGGCUCGAACACAACACUGGACAUCUUCAAUCUGACGGCUCGCAUGGGUACAGAUACCAUCUUCCGCUGUCUAUCGGAGGCAACUGCCCAAUCAGGCCUGAAUCACAGCCUGUUCAAGAGCCUGUGGUACUACCAAUUUGAGCGAAGCUAUCAGCUGAACUGGUGGAGUCCCAAUUGGCCGGCUUGUGUGCCUCCUGUCGAGGAAGGGUUCCCGUAUGGCGACCCGAGUCAAGAGUACUUCCACUGCCACUCCGGCGACCUGUACCUCGCCUUCGGCUCCCUGAACCGCGCUGCCCUGCCUUACCGAGAUGCCGCCGACCUUCCCUUCGCCCAAGCCGUCCUAGACCGGUGGGCAUCCUUCAUCCGCUCGUACAACCCCAACCCGAGCAUGGCCUAUCUCACCGUCAGGGGAUAUGCGAACACGUACAAUAUGUUGGUUCAAGAGGGGACUUGGAAGCCUGUUGGUGCGGCCGUGCUGAGUGUUCCGGAGCGGAGUACGGGGUGGCUUGAGUUGGAACAGUGUGCAGCGCUCAAUCUGAGCUUGGCCACCUUUGGUUAG